GAUGUCAUUCGACGUGACAAAGAAGGCAGACGAACUCUUUCUAAGGUGGCUGACGGACCCAUCCAUUCAACAUCAACUGAGAAACAAACUGAGACUAAUUGUUGACUGUUCAAACUCUCCUCUAACUUCCACAGGCAACUUGAAUGCUCUCAACAGUCCCUCUCCUCCUCCAACGUCUCCAAGGAACUCUCCUCCUUCGGUUGCUACUGUGUUGAGUCGCAGUCAUUCUGGUAGUCAGAGUCCCAAGUCUGAUUGCAUGUCUCCACGACUGACGAGGAAGAAGAGUAAUGAAGUGCAUCUGGAGAAGCAGCAAUAUGUUGCAACUGCUUUGUCAACAAUCAGAUCGCCAGUUUCGCCGACUGCUGGAGAGUUUGGGUUUGAGAAGGAGAUGGGGUUGACGUCUGAUUUGCCACAGUUUUAUUUCCGGUUUGGCCGUCCUGGGGGUGACACUGAUGGUGUUGAAAUGAGUGGCAUGAGGAGAACGUUUAAUUUGCUAAAGGACAGGGUGAAGAAAAAGGAUUUUGGAAAGAUAGUAAAGGGGUGCCAACUACCUCUCUAUUGGAAGCAUCCUCUUUUCAUUGCGUGCGGUGGUACUGAAGACACACCAGUUACAUUCAACAUGUUCUCACAGCUGUGGAAGAAUUUAACUACAAUAUACCACGACAAUGCAUCCAAGUUUGUCUGUCUAAUGACAGCAGGAAAAAGGGACUACCUCACAUCAGAAGACUUCAAGCCUCUACUACAAGAUAUUGUGGACACUCACCCUGGAUUGACUCUUCUCACUGAUGUACCCGAUUUUCAGAAAAGAUACAUUGAGACGGUUGUUGCACGAAUUUUCUUCUCGGUGAAUCGUUCAUGGACUGGCAGGAUUUCUGUACCAGAGCUGAGGAAGAGCAAUUUUCUGACAGUCCUGGCAUUACUAGAAGAUGAAGAUGAUAUUAACCAGGUGAUGGAGUAUUUCUCUUAUGAACAUUUCUACGUGAUUUAUUGCAAGUUUUGGGAACUGGAUACGAAUCAUGACAUGUUCAUUGACAGAAAGGACCUUGCCAGAUACUCAAAUCAUGCAUUAGCUCCUCGUAUAAUACAGAGAAUAUUUAGUGGAGCUGUGCUGAGAAAUGUGAAGGAACAUCCUGGAAAGAUGAGUUACAAAGACUUUGUGUGGUUCCUACUCGCUGAAGAAGACAAGCAGCAUCCAACAAGUGUGGAGUAUUGGUUUCGCUGCAUAGAUCUGGAUGGUGAUGGUGUGCUGUCAAUGUAUGAGAUGGAGUAUUUCUAUGAGCAGCAGAUGAAGCGAAUGGAGCGGAUGGGUGUUGAAAUGCUGGAAUUUGAAGACUGUCUUUGUCAAGUUCUUGACAUGAUUAGUCCACAGCAUCCAGAUUACAUCACUCUAAGAGAUUUGAAGAGAUCCAAGGUGGCGGCAUUAUUUUUCAAUAUUUUUGUAAAUUUGGAUAAAUAUCUCGAGCACGAACAGAAGGAUCCGUUUGUAGCAAAAGAGGCUGAAGGUGAUACUGAGCUGAGUGCAUGGGAAAAAUUUGCUCAACAAGCAUACGAGAAGCUUAUAGCUGAUGAGCAAGCAAAUGAAGAAUAUCUGCAAGAUGGAUUUGAUGAUGGAGAAGAUGACGAACUAAUGGCUCUAAAGACAGAUGACCCAUUGGAUGAUAAUUUAACAACCACAAAGGCGAGAUUAAGCAUCGAGAGAAAGCAACUAUCAUCACUAAUUGCAGACAAUACAGACAUGGCCAUUACUGACUUCUAUAAAGAAUCAUAAGAUUAGUUCUACCAAUAGUAACAGCAGGUUACGUUGCAAUCUCAAUGGCACAGUCGACGUGCGGCUUUUGCUCUCAAUAACUCUUUGACUCUUUUUAAGAUUUACUGACAACAGUGCUAACAACAGUUUAUAUUUUGUGAGAUGCCAAUAAAAAUUCUAGAAUUGACUGGCUAGAGUUUAAAUAAAUAGAUGAGAAUCAUUCUUCUGUGGUCAGUCAAAUGUUAGUUUUCCAGUAUCUGCAAGAUGUUGCAAAUAGUUGAAGUGACAUGCUAUGACUCGAGGCAAGAAACGGUAAUCUUUGAAAGUGUA